CCAGGUGCAGGAAGUCAGCGUGGCUGCAAGCGAGGCCUGUUAGUCAGCGGCCCUUUGCCUGCUCAGGAAUGCCUCUGCGGAGCGCGGCGGGCGGGCCGUGACGGAGCAUGAUUCAGAUCCGCACUAUUUAAAGCAUGGGGCGCCUUCGUGGCCCACGGCCCGACGCGGUAGCUCAGUCCCUCGCGAGCCGCCUCCUCGCCCGAAGUCCCUGCACGGCUAUCCCGGGGAGGACCUCCGCCGGGCGGGCAACGAGGCUGCCCGCCGCCCCCCUGCCGCCCCAGGACCGCCAUGCCCCAGCGCCUGCGGUGACCAAGCGGCCAGUCCUGUUACCACUCGACAGCUCCCAGCAGCCAUGGGUCUGCGACCGUCCCCCUACUCCAACCGCUUCUUGGGGGCUGCGGAUGCCGUGGCCAGAGAGCUCCUGUAUCCGAGCUAUUGGCUGCUGAGCCAGCUGCUGGGCCUGCAGCAGACCACGGCGGAGAAGCGGGAGCCCCGGAGGCAGCCAUGCCCACUGCCCCACGCUCUGCAGGCCCUGGCCAAGGGGCUCGUCCUGCUUCUGCUCCUGGUCUUCUCCACCCCCUUGUGCCUGCUGGGCUUCCUGCUGUGGCUGCCCCUCCAGAAGGCCCGCCGCCCGUUCGCCUACCAGCACACGCCCAGCCUGGCCUCGCCAGAGGAGUGGGUGGUUCCCGGCAAGGGCAGGGCCUUCCACUUCGUCAGCGCCAAUGUUUGCCUCCUGCCGGAAGGCCUGGCCAAGUUCAGCAACCUGGCACAGACCCAGUGGCGUGCCGCACACAUUGCCGAAGCGCUCGUGUGGUCCGGACGACGCGCCGCCCUGCCCCACAAGAGGCGGUCUAGAGGCAACGCCUGCAGCAGCCCCGGUGGGCGGGAGUACGGGGCCGUUGAGUCUAGCCCGCCACGGGCCUGCCACGGCCCCCCUGCAGCCGACAGCGAAGUGGCCGUCGAGGUGCCCCUUUGGGAAGGGAAGGCCGCUUUUCCCUGCGAGAUCGCAGCCUCCUUCCCUGCGGACAUGGACUUCCUGUGCCUGCAGGAAGUGUUUGACCAGGAUGCAGCUGCGCGCCUGUUGCGUCUCCUCGGCCCCCACUUUGAGCACAUCAUCCACAACGUGGGCACCUACGGGAUGCUGGGCUGCUCGGCCUUGAAGCUGCUGAACAGCGGGCUCUUCCUGGCCAGCCGCUACCCGUUGCUGGCCGUGCAAUACCACUGCUACCCCAACGGCAGGGGGGAAGACGCCUUCGCCGCCAAAGGACUGCUCUGUGUGCAGGUGCAGCUGGGAGCUUCCAAGGGGCAAAGGAUUGUGGGAUACCUGAACUGCACCCACCUGCAUGCCCCAGAGUCGGAUGCGCAGGUGCGGUGUGACCAGCUGACCCUGGCUCUCCGUUGGGUGGGCCUCUUCCAGGAUUCCCACGCUCAGCCCGGGGACGUGGUGGCCUUUGACGUCUUUUGUGGGGACCUGAACUUCGACAACUGCUCUCCAGACGACAAGCUGGAGCAAGCCCACGAGAUCUUCGGCCUGUACACGGAUCCAUGUCGCAUUGGGCCGGGGCAGGACAAGCCGUGGGCUGUCGGCACCCUGUUGAACUGCCUGGAGAUCUACGAUGAUGCCGUAGCCACCCCGGAGUCCAUGAAGAGGACUCUGGAGCAUGCAGAGGGGCGGCAGAAGUACCUGGCAGGCCCCAUCCGGGUGAAGGAAUGCCCCGGCCUCUCAGCAAGCGACAGCGAGGGGCGCCGCAUCGACUACAUCCUUUACCGGGAGCACGAGGGCCCCGCCCAGCUGAAAACGGUUGUGGAGAGGGUCUCUUUCAUCACCCAGCUGGCCUGCUGCACUGACCACAUGCCCGUGGGGCUGCAACUCAUGGUGGCUCCCGUGGCCCAGCCUGGAGCAUGACACUCAAACCCUGCAGGACCAGGAAGACGGGGAUUUCCAUGGCAGAGGGAGACCAAGGUGCCCCUUUAAGGGCUGGGCAUGGCCCCCACCUUGUGCCAGCAUCUGGAGAGCAGGGCAGGUGGCCCCCUGCCGGACAAUGAAAAAGGGAACAGCUGCCAGCCGGGAAGUGAAGGAAUGGCGGCUUCUGGUGGGUCUUUGUUGGGCUGGAGUGAGGGUGGCUCUUGAUAGCCGGGGCGGGUGGGCAGCCCCGGUUGCCCAGCAGGGCGGAGCACGUUUCCCCGGCCCCAGCUCAGUCAACAAAACACGGGUUCCCCACGGGCCAGCUUUUUCUGCCUGCACAGUAAGCCGUGGGGCCUGAGCCAGCUAAAUCCCCAUCUCAGGGUUGCCACACCAGGAGUGAGCAGGGGUGCCCAGAGGUAAGCUCGCUGGGAAGAAUGUGUAGCUGCAGCAGCCCACCCUCACCCCAAAACUCCCCCCACGCCCCCCCCCCCGAUCCCCUGCCUCCCAGCCUGCAUCAUUACCUUUCUUCGUUUCUGCAUUUGUGAUUUGGAUUUUGUAAAGUGUUUUCAUGCAUAUUGUCCAGAAUAUAAAAUUGUUCAGAAUCACUUUAAAUCAUCCAGAAUAUAACAUUGUUGAGAGUUACUUUGUCCAAAUUUGUGUCGUGGAACCAAAAAUGAACACAUCCUUUGCAGACUUCAAUUCUUUGCUUCCAAAAUACUUGUGAAAAAUGAAUAAAAAACAAACAAAACAAGCAAACAAAAAA